GUGGUUCUAUACGCUUGCCUGCUUCAUAUUGUGGUGUUGUUGGUUUCAAACCUUCAUACGGUCAGUGCUCACGAUGGGGACUAGUUGCGUAUGCUAGUUCAUUGGAUACUGUGGGUAUAAUAGCGCGAAAUGUCCUUGAUGCACAACUGAUAUAUGAUAUAAUCUCAAAAUACGAUGAGAUGGAUCCCUCAUCACUUCCGCCAAAAAUACGUUCAAUAAAUGCUUCUUUGACUUCUUUUGGUAAAAUCAACUCAAACUUUAAUGAUUUGAGUGAAUUACGCGUUGGUGUACCGCAAGAAUAUUAUGUGUCUGAACUAAGUGAUCCAAUAGCUAGUUUAUGGAGACAAGGAAUUUCGCUUCUUCGUUCUCAUGGUGCAAAGAUUGUGUCUAUAUCAUGCCCUAGCACAAAAUAUGCAUUGCCUGCUUAUUACAUUUUAGCCCCAGCUGAAGCUUCAUCCAAUUUGGCACGAUACGAUGGAAUUCGAUACGGUCAUCGAAGUGAUAAUGAUUCUGAUCAAGAUUCGGAGUUACUUUACGCGCAUACACGAAGCGAAGGGUUCGGUGAAGAAGUUAAACGCCGUAUUUUGUUAGGAACCUAUACAUUAACUGCAGGAUCAUAUAAUAAUUAUUUCAUUUGGGCUCAAAGAAUUCGAAAAAUGGUUCAAUCAGAUUUUGAUUCCGUUUUUCGAAGACCGAAUCCUCUUAAUUUCAUUAAAAAUGAAUUGCCAUCUCUUCAUAAUCACAAUAAUGAUGAAAUACCUGAUCAAUUGAGGAAAGAUAAUGAUGGUGUCGAUGUGAUAAUAACGCCAGUUGCAAUUUCAACAUCUCCAAAAGCUAAAGAUUCACUUCCAUCAUCUUCCUUACAUAAUUCAUCAAUGUGCGAUAGCACUGAUAAUUAUAUGAAACGUUUGGAUGAUGAUAACAGUUUCGUAAAUGCUUAUGUAAAUGAUGUUUUUACUAUACCUGCAAAUUUAGCUGGAAUUCCAGCAAUCAGUGUACCUUUCGGUAUUUCACCUAUGGAUGGAUAUCCUAUUGGGUUGCAACUGAUGACACAGUAUGGUGACGAACACACAUUGUUCUAUAUUUCAAAAGUUUUGGAAAAUAAUAAACAAAGUUUUCUUUAA